GUCUACCUUUAUGGGCAUGGCGGUCUUGGUUUCAUUAGGCCAAGCGUCGGCGGUCACCCUGGAGCGAACACCGAACAAAAUACGCUCUCCUUCGCUGAGGACGCUCUCUUCCUUCCAAGAGGAAAAAUGGCCCCCAAGGAGCAAAAGUCUAAGGAGGCUAAGGCCUUGGCUGCGGCCAACAGCAGCAAGGGCAAGCGGAAGAAGUGGAGCAAGGGCAAGAUGAAGGAGAAGGUCAACAACGCCGUCCUCUUCGACAAGGCCGUGUAUGAGAAGAUGCUCAACGAGGUGCCCAAGUACAAGAUGAUCUCUCCCUCGGUGCUGGCCGACCGCCUGCGCAUCAAUGGCAGCCUGGCGCGCGCUGCUAUCCGGGAGCUGGCCACCAAGGGGCUCAUCAAGCCCAUCGUGGCGCACUCCUCCCAGCUGGUGUACACCCGCGCUACCGGCGCUUAAGCGUUCUUGGGACGCUGGUGUGUAACAGUGGCGGCUACCUUUGCGGCUCCUCUCUUGUUGACCCCACUAGCACAGCACAAAAACUUACAAUAGCAAAGCAGCAGUUGAUACAGCUAAUUAUUGUUUCCCUCGGUGACGAGCAGCUCAGCAGCAAACCGAGCCUCCAGAUCUGACAACGUCUGACUUUGGCCAGCAGCACUAUUCCGGCGGCAACGGACGACCCAUGGGCCGGGCAUAGCUUUGCAGCCUGCAGCCUCUACUGCAGCAGGCGAGCCUCUAUAGGAAAGCUUUUAUGUGGUUUCAGCUUGAGUCUGCUCAUUGGGGC